AUGGAUAUUAUAAUAUCAUCAACAGUGGCUGAUCCAUCAACAGUAACUGUGCGUAUUGAAAGUGCAUCAACAAGUGAUUUAAAUGUUCAAGAUGUUGUUACAACAUCAUCGUCUGAUGAUGAUGAUGAUGAUUUACAACAACGAAGACAACAAAAUAAUAAUGAUCGUUUCGGUUAUCGUAUUUCAUCUGCAACUAGUAGUCGUCGACAAACAACAUCAGUAAGAAUUAAUAAUAAUAAUUCAUCUCAACGACAACGUCGUAGUCGUUUAACUACCGAUACAACAAGCUCAAUGCGUGUACCAAAAAAUCGACCAAUAACUGCUGUUUCAUUACCAGCUAAACCAUCAGCAUGUGACAAUGAAUGGGAUCUUGAUUCUGCACGUAUAUUAGUAUCAUCAGUUCAACGACGAAAUCCAUCAUGUCCAUUAAUAUCACCAACAAAUGCACAUCCUAAACCUUCAUCUCAACCUAUAUUUACACAUCAACAUGUUCCAACUAUAUUUACAACUACUUCCGAAUGUCUUGGUAAAGAAUUACGUCCACAACCACGUCGUGAUAUACCAAGACGUGCACAAUCAUUAGCUAAAUCAGCAAAAAUUGAUAGAAAUACAACAUCAUCAACAACUUCAAUUGUUUUUCUUACUAAUGAUAUUUUAUUAGGUUCAAUACGUGCUUUACAAAAUGAAAGACAAUUAUGUAAAUUAUCUAUUGAUUAUCUUAUUGAUGCAACAAAUAUGAGACCUGAUGAAUUAGCACGUAAAGCAAAUGUUGGUGCUCGUCUUCAAUGUCAUUGUAGUCAUACACAUUCACGUUGUACAUUAACACUUGAAUUUGAUCAAUUAUAUCUCCCAACAUCAUCACCACCAUCAACAACAACAACAUUAACAAUGGAUUAUAAUAAUUUAAAUAACAAUAAAAUACGUGAAUUAACACGUUUACAAUUAAGUCAACUAUUUUCAGCUGUUAAUCAUUUUAUAUAUAAAUCACAACAAGAAGGUAAACGUAUACUUAUAUAUGGUUUUGAAUUAACACCUAAUUCACCAUUAGCUGUUAUUGCUAUACAAUAUUUAAUGUUAAAUGAUGAACAAUUAUCAUUUGUUGAAGCAACAAAUCGUAUAAAUUGUUUAUUUCCUGUUAUACCAUUACAACAUCAACAAUAUCCAAUAAUGGAAAAACGUUUUCAAGAUUAUUUAAAAUAUUUAGAUAGAAAAAGAUUUCCAAGAAAUUUUAAUGUUCAUAGUAUUAUAAGUGAUGGUAGUACAAGUAGUGGAAAUGAAAAUCCACAAUCAUUACGUGAAUGUUCAUCGAAUUCACCUGAAGUAACAACAACAACAAUAACAACAAAUAGUACACCAGUUACAUCAUGGACAACGAUUCCAAUGUCUAUUAUUAAUGAUAAAACUAAUUCAUCUCAUCAUAUAGUUGCUGCACGUUCAGCAUGGGACAGUUAA